AUGUUCAUCUGUCUAGCAAUACAGAACUCUCUUCAGGUGAAUGUGUACCGACAUCAUUGUCAUUUGGCUCCCUCCCCGGUCUGCACCCGCUACUCGACACCGUUGGAAAACAGAAUCCAUUGCCUCCGUGAUUUCCCUCAUUCACGGGAAUUGUGGAUGAGGAUGAGGGCGUUAGCUUGGCCAGGCUUCCUCCACAAUGAUUUCUGCAAUUUGAUUCGCUUACAGUCCAAAAGCAAUAAUGGUUUGAGGUUUAUUGCUGGUUUAUGGGUAAUCUGGAAGUGGCGCAACAAUAUGAUCUUUGAAGCUUCCCCUUGGUCGCUUGAGGAGGCAUGGCGUUGGAUGGCACACAAAUAUGACGAGCUUUUGAGAUUUUUGGUGGCUCCAGCGGGGUUGGAGGAUGGAAGUGGGAUGCAGCGUAACUGGGUACCUCAGGCGGCGGGAAUUGUCAAGCUCAACAUCGACGUCAGCUUUCGGGAAACUCAGCAGUGUAUGAGAUCAGGGGGCUUGCUCAGGGAUGAUCAGAGUCGCUGGAUCUUUGGGUUCCACUCGCACCAUGAUGGAGGAAACCCCCUUCUUUAUGAAGCGUUGGCGUUGAAGCAAGGCUUAGAACUGAUAUGGGAGAGAGGAUAUAGAGACGUGAUUUGUGAAAUUGACUGUCAAGAGCUUGUAACCCGCUUGGAGCAGGAGGAGGUUGAGCGCUUCUUUCCCAUUCUCAAUGAUAUUCGAAGCCUACUCAAGAGGAGGUGGAGAAUUAAUCUUGCAGUAAUCGGUAGGGACAACAAUUGA